GCGGAGACUGGUUAUUAAACUUGUGAGAAGUUCCUUCGAGCAUGGCGGCUACAAGGAGAUUGGGAAAGGAACUCUCAGAAAUCAAAGGAUCUGGUCAGAAAAUAUUUCGUGAUAUUUGUGUGUCUGAGACUAAUAUUCUAAACUGGCAAGGGUUAAUCAUACCGGAUCAGGCACCGUACAAUAAGGGAGCAUUUAAGAUUGAGAUAAAUUUUCCUGCAGAAUAUCCUUUCAAGCCUCCAAAGAUUACAUUUAAGACAAAGAUUUAUCAUCCCAACAUUGAUGAAAAAGGGCAAGUAUGUCUGCCAAUCAUCAGCCCAGAAAACUGGAAGCCAGCAACAAAAACAGAUCAAGUUAUUCAAGCUCUUGUGGCUCUUGUUCACUCACCUGAACCUGAGCACCCUCUCCGUGGAGAUCUAGCAGAGGAGUAUACAAAGGAUAAGAAAAAGUUCAUGAAGAAUGCUGAAGAUUAUACCAAGAAAUAUGCUGAAAAGAGACCCCCAGAGUGACCCCUUGUUUAAAAUACUUGACUGUUUAAUUCUAGAGACAAAUUGAUGUCAAAAUCUAGCUUUUGGCAUUGUAAUUUCUAUAUCCAUUGCCAAAGAUACUUUUGUGUAGUAGCAGAUGUUAGUAGUAGUCUUGUAUGUUGGUGAUAGUCUGUUGGCCAACUUUUAUCUCUUAUCAACCUAUAUCUCUGGUUCUCAUUGGGAGAAAUAUUCAUUUCUUAGUUAGAAUAGGUGCAAACUGAUAUUUGACAGCCAUGAAUGUAUGAUUUACAAUGCAGUUAGGAGGUUCCCUCAUCCCUGCUGUGUACGAUGUUUUGUCUCUAGAAAUUCCAAGUGAAAGAAACCAAUUAAUGUUGCUAGUUCUCUUUUUAGUUAUCUUUUGAUAAAGAAUCUCAAGUGCAAAGCAUAAUUUGAUCAGUGCAUGUUAAUGGCAUCAGUUUAUUUCUGUCAUCUUUCCUAACAUCAAAGAGAUUAAGCAGUGAAUUUUAAAGAAGAGCAAAACUGUCUGAAAUCAAACUUGGCAUCAACAUUUUCAUAUAUAUGUGGUAGGGUAAUGUCAUUGAGAGGGUAAAACCCACAUUGAAAUCAAGUUUCAAGCAUGAUUCCUGUUAGGUACUUAAAGAUUUACAUUUGUGUGCAUUUUCUCCUCUGUAAAGUGUACAAGGAAUAUAACACCUCCCUGGUCCUUCACUACACUGGAGAGAGUUUUUUUCAUCGAGGUUUGGUUUGCAAGUUAGACAGAGUGACUUUACCAAGAAAGUUGAGUCAAAUGGUUCCAUAGCUAAGUUUGCUGUGACAAAUUUUGGCAUACCAAAAGGUGCCUCAUGUUCAUUGCAGUUUGGAUGUGAUCAAACCUUAAGGAUCAAAAUGUUUUUCAUCUGCAACUUGUUUUUCCUCCUGACCUUUAGUAUCAAGGACUUAAAUGAAAUCCAUAACUUUCCUCAGGUUCAUACACUACAUUCAGUAGAGCACGUGAUGAGGAAAUAGCGAGAUCUUGAAUGUCUUUAGCUAUUUCAUCAUGGGUUUUUAUCAAAUUUGUGAGGUGGAAAUAGUUGACUUUCAGAGCUAGUUUAGAGAUGUAAUUGGCUAAGGCUAUUGUGUUGUGUUUGAUAGGACAUUAAACAUAUUUAAGUAUGAUUGUGCACAGUACUCUCAUUAGCUUAGUAUUUCUUUUAGAGAUGGUAGCCAGUGUGUGAUAUGUUCAAUUUGUUUGUAUAUUGCACUUUGUCACUCAAACUUUCUUGUAACCUUGAACUGUUUCCAAUUUUUGAAUUAAAAUUGACUAAGUUUUGUUGAUAAGCUGAA